AUGAUUUAUCCUAUCCUCCAGUUGUUCUUCUCUAUCGCCCGCGGCUGUCUCCGUCUGGCUGGCGUUCUACGUCCCACGGCCUCUUCGGUCCAGAACUCACCCAACCAUUUCCUUACCAACUGGAGCGAGCCAUUUUGGCACGGGGUCUUCCUUGAAAGCCUUCCUAGACAGAUUCUGCAUCCAAACAAUGAGGGGUCGAGGAAUGGAGUAUCGCCUUUUCCGCUGCCUGUUCCCACAGCGCCACUGGAUGCCCUUUUUGAUAAUGCUGCCAGUCAAGGCGAUGAAUCGGCUAUUGACGAAGAGUCGAGAAUUCGGCAAGGCUCUUUAAAGAGAAUUUUCUUAUUUUACUAUAGUCAUAGCGUAAUCAGUGGACAAAUUGAUGGUAGCAUCAAUUGA